AACCCAUAUUUUUUCAGGGCGCACUCUCAUCUCUCUCUCUCUCUCAUAGUUGGAGCUCUAAAGGGAGGAGAGAGAGAGAGCUUGAAAAGAUCCGAAAACUCAGACCCAGUUGGGUUUUUCAUAAAUUUAGCCCAAAGUUUCUGUAUUUUAUACGAAUUCUGAUCGAUUCUUUUAAUUUACGCUUUAGAAAGCAAGAAGGGGAAAUGGGUAUUGCCAAUGAGGAGGCGAUCAAGCAGUUUCAGUCUUUAAUGGAAGAGGUAGAUGAGUCACUGAAGAACACAUUCAAGAAUAUGCACCAGGGUUAUCCAACCGAAACAUUGGUCCGAUUUCUCAAAGCCAGGGACUGGAAUGUUGCCAAAGCACAUAAAAUGUUGGUUGAUUGUUUACAGUGGAGAAUACAAAAUGAGAUUGACCAAAUACUGGCGAAACCUAUCAUCCCAAUUGAUUUGUACAGAGCAGUGCGAGAUUCUCAACUUGUAGGGUUGUCUGGUUACUCAAAAGAGGGCCUUCCAGUCAUUGCUCUUGGUGUUGGGCUCAGUACAUUUGACAAAGCAUCUGUGCAUUACUAUGUGCAGUCUCACAUCCAGAUGAACGAGUACAGAGAUCGUGUUGUACUGCCUUCUGCAACAAAGAAGCAAGGACGACAUAUUGGUGCCUGUCUAAAAGUGUUAGACAUGACUGGUUUAAAGCUUUCUGCACUGAACCAAAUAAAGCUUUUGUCCGUUAUAUCUACAAUUGAUGACUUAAACUAUCCAGAGAAGACAGAUACAUAUUAUGUUGUAAAUGCCCCCUAUGUAUUUUCAGCAUGUUGGAAGGUUGUAAAGCCUCUUGUGCAAGAAAGGACAAGGCGGAAAAUCCAGGUUCUUCAGGGUUGUGGGAGAGAUGAGUUACUGAAGAUAAUGGAUUAUGGAUCCCUCCCACAUUUUUGUAGAAGAGAGGGCUCUGGAUCGUCCAGGCAUUGUGGAAAUGAGAACACUGACAAUUGUUUCUCCUUAGACCAUGCAUUCCAUCAACAGCUCUAUGGUUAUAUCAAGCAGCAAGCUUCUCUUAUGGAGUCCGUUUCACCGAUCAGACAGGGUUCGGUCCAUGUAAAUAUUCCCGAGCCAGAUCCGGAAGACGCCAUGAUCACUAAAACCAUAGAAACUGAGUUACACAAGUUAGAAAAUCAGAAUGGCCUUUCCAACUCACUGAAUGGCCUUAAAGUAGGCUAUGAUUGAGACCUUGGAGAAUUUGACUCUUGCCAAGUCCUCAAUGGCACUCAAACCCGAUGCCAAGUUGGCUGAACACUCUGACGACUACAAUGAGAGUGAGAGUUUGUUCUCCAACCAUCAGACCUUAAAAAUGUUUUCUUGCAUCAACUCGAUGCAGGUUUAUUAAGGACAAAGCUAACUUGGUGUAAUUUGACGUUACCACGUUGGUGGAUGAUAUAAAAGAAGCAUGCGACAAGUGUAAGCUUU